GUCUCCCUUUAGUUUCACUUUGGCAGCUGGUGUGUCGCAGCUUCUUCUUCUCCACAUCUGAAGUUUCACUUUGGCAGCUGGUGUGUCGCAGCUUCUUCUUCUCCACAUCUGAAGGGGAACCAUGGCCAUGAACCCGUCUGUCUGUCUCCAUCUCGGGGCUGCAGGUGAACCCGCCUGUCUGUCUCCAUCAGGGGGCUGCAGGUGAACCCGUCUGUCUGUCUCCAUCAGGGGGCUGCAGGUGAACCCGUCUGUCUGUCUCCAUCAGGGGGCUGCAGGUGAACCCGUCUGUCUGUCUCCAUCAGGGGGCUGCAGGUGAACCCGUCUGUCUGUCUCCAUCAGGGGGCUGCAGGUGAACCCGUCUGUCUGUCUCCAUCUCGGGGCUGCAGGUGAACCCGCCUGUCUGUCUCCAUCAGGGGGCUGCAGGUGAACCCGUCUGUCUGUCUCCAUCAGGGGGCUGCAGGUGAACCCGUCUGUCUGUCUCCAUCAGGGGGCUGCAGGUGAACCCGUCUGUCUGUCUCCAUCAGGGGGCUGCAGGUGAACCCGUCUGUCUGUCUCCAUCAGGGGGCUGCAGGUGAUCCCCAACAUGAAAAGGACCCAUCAGAGACUAAAGUCCCCUGGACCUGAACCUGAACCUGGACCUGAACCCAGCUGUGUGUCCUUGAAGAGUAAUCGGUCUAAAGGCGGUUUUAUUGACUUCAGGGAUGGACGACGUUCUUCUGACCCAGAUUCACAGAGAGAAACGUCUCCUGGACCCAGCUGUGUGUCCUUGAAGAGUAAUCGGUCUAAAGACGGUUUUAUUAACUUCAGGGAUGGACAACGUUCUUCUGAAGAGGACCAGGAGAGCUCAGAGGGCCCCAGAGGUCCGUCUGCCCAGCAGCAUCAAACACACCUGGACUCCAUAUUUAUGCUGCUGGAGGAGAACAUCCUCACGUUUGUGAAGAACGAGCUGAAGAAGAUCCAGAAGGCUGUGAGUUCAGAUUACCCAGAAUGCUUUGACAGUCAGAGGGAGGAUGAGGAGGGGUUGGACGGUGAGGAUGAAGAGCAGAGGAGGAGCAGCAGAGGAGCAUUUCUGAAGAUCUCACUGCACUUCCUGAGGAGGAUGAAGCAGGAGGAGCUGGCUGACCUUCUGCAGAACAGACUUCUUGCUGCAGUUUGUCAGCGUAAACUCAAAUGUAACCUGAAGAAGAAGUUCCAGUGUGUGUUUGAGGGCAUCUCUAAAGCAGGAAACCCAACCCUCCUGAACCAGAUCUACACAGAGCUCUACAUCACAGAGGGAGGGACUGCAGAGGUCAAUGGGGAGCACGAGGUCAGACAGAUUGAAACAGCAUCCAGGAAACCACACAGACCAGAAACCCCCAUCGGACAAGAAGACCUCUUCAAAGCCUCGUCUGGAGGAGAGGAACCAAUCAGAACAGUGAUGACAAAGGGAGUGGCUGGCGUUGGGAAAACAGUCCUAACACAGAAGUUCACUCUGGACUGGGCUGAAGACAAAGCCAACCAGGACAUCCAGUUCACGUUUCCAUUCACGUUCAGAGAGCUGAAUGUGCUGAAAGAGAAGAAGUUCAGCUUGGUGGAACUCGUUCAUCACUUCUUCACUGAAACCAGAGAAGCAGCAAUCUGCAGGUUUGAAGAGUUCCCGGUUGUGUUCAUCUUUGAUGGUCUGGAUGAGUGUCGACUUCCUCUGGACUUCCACAACAAUGAGGUCCUGACUGAUGUCACAGAGUCCACCUCAGUGGAUGUGCUGCUCACAAACCUCUUCAGGGGGAACCUGCUUCCCUCUGCUCGCCUCUGGAUAACCACACGACCUGCAGCAGCCAAUCAGAUCCCUCCUGACUGUGUUGGCUUGGUGACAGAGGUCAGAGGGUUCACUGACCCACAGAAGGAGGACUACUUCGGGAAGAGGUUCAGAGAUGAGGAGCAGGCCAGCAGGAUCAUCUCCCACAUCAAGACCUCCCGAAGCCUCCACAUCAUGUGCCACAUCCCAGUCUUCUGCUGGAUCACUGCUACAGUUCUGGAGGACGUGUUGAAGACCACAGAGGGAGGAGAGCUGCCCAAGACCCUGACCGAGAUGUACAUCCACUUCCUGGUGGUUCAGUCCAAAGUAAAGAAGGUCAAGUAUGAUGGAGGAGCGGAGAUGGAUCCACACUGGAGUCCAGAGAGCAGGAAGAUGACAAAGUCUCUGGGAAAACUGGCUUUUGAUCAGCUGCAGAAAGGGAACCUGAUCUUCUAUGAAUCCGACCUCACAGAGUGUGGCAUCGAUAUCCGAGCAGCCUCAGUGUACUCAGGAGUGUUCACACAGAUCUUCAGAGAGGAGAGAGGACUGUACCAGGACCAGGUGUUCUGCUUCGUCCAUCUGAGUGUUCAGGAGUUUCUGGCUGCUCUUCAUGUCCAUCUGACCUUCAUCAACUCUGGUGUCAACCUGCUGGCAGAAGAACAAACAACCUCCCUUUGGUCUAAAGUCUUUAGAUACAAACCUGAACCAAUAUAUCUCUACCAGAGUGCUGUGGACAAGGCCUCACAGAGUCGAAAUGGACACCUGGACUUGUUCCUCCGCUUCCUCCUGGGUCUUUCCCUGCAGAGCAAUCAGAUUCUCUUACGAGGUCUGCUGCCACAGACAGGAAGUAGCUCACGGACCAAUCAGGAAACAGUCCAGUACAUCAAGAAGAAGAUCAGUGAGAAUGAUUCUCCAGAGAAAAGCAUCAAUCUGUUCCACUGUCUGAAUGAACUGAAUGAUGGUUCUCUGGUGGAGGAGAUCCAACAGUCCCUGAGAUCAGGACGUCUCUCCAUCGAUAAACUGUCUCCUGCUCAGUGGUCAGCUCUGGUCUUCAUCUUACUGUCAUCAGGAAAAGAUCUGGAGGUGUUUGACCUGAAGGAAUACUCUGCUUCAGAGGAGGCUCUUCUGAGGCUGCUGCCGGUGGUCAAAGCCUCCAACAAAGCUCAGCUGAGUGGCUGUAAACUCUCAAAGAGAAGCUGUGGAGCUCUGUCCUCAGUCCUCAGCUCCCAGUCCUCUAGUCUGAAAGACCUGGACCUGAGUCACAACAACCUGCAGGAUUCAGGACUGAAGCUGCUGUCUGCUGGACUGGAGAGUCCACACUGUGCACUUGAACACCUCAGUCUGUCAGACUGUCAGAUCUCAGUUGAAGGCUGUUCUUCUCUGGGAUCAGCUCUGAAGUCAAACCCCUCCAGUCUGAGAGAACUGGAUCUGAGUAGAAACAAGCUGCAGGAUUCAGGAGUGAAGCUGCUGAGUGGUUUUCUGGAGAGUCCACAUUGUAGUCUGGAGACUCUGAGUCUCUCAGACUGUCAGAUCUCAGUUGAAGGCUGUUCUUCUCUGGGAUCAGCUCUGAAGUCAAACCCCUCCAGUCUGAGAGAACUGGAUCUGAGUAGAAACAAGCUGCAGGAUUCAGGAGUGAAGCUGCUGAGUGGUUUUCUGGAGAGUCCACAUUGUAGUCUGGAGACUCUGAGUCUCUCAGACUGUCAGAUCUCAGUUGAAGGCUGUUCUUCUCUGGGAUCAGCUCUGAAGUCAAACCCCUCCAGUCUGAGAAAACUGGAUCUGAGUAGAAACAAGCUGCAGGAUUCAGGAGUGAAGCUUCUGUCAUGGUGUCAGAUCUCAUCUGUCAUGCUGUCAGAUCUCAGUUGA